UCUUUGGCUACCCUCCGGUACGAAGGAUUCGCUAAAAACGCUUUUCAAAACAUUGGCACAGACACCAUCUUCAAUCCAACCUAAAUUAUCCGUUAGCAUAUCUCAUUAAUAAUUGGGUACCUGGGUAGUUACAAAAGGAUUAGAAUGGACGACGCUUCGUUUGACAUAUAUCUAGACGAGGUCGGAGACGAAGGUAGUGGUUAUCAUUUUCGCAACGAUCCCAAUCCAUCGCGACGAUAUCAGCGAGAAACUGUCACUGAACGGCGCGGAGCUGUCGCUAUCCGCUGCAAGUCUCGAGAAGUCGUUCACGGAUUCCUGGACCCCGACUCUAACGAGUUUGCUACAUUACUUGUUUAUGAUUUUAGUUUCAACGCCGUGAAGCCUGGGCGCCGUAUAACAGCUGCGACAAUUUCCUUGAAUUUUGGUAGCUCGGUGCAAGAAGAAGUUGCUCCAAGAAUUCACAGCCUUUCCCCAUUUGGUCACUUUCUUAUGCUACCGACGAUUCAACAAGAGUCGACAACUCGUAGCAAUGAAAUUAAUGCAGGUAUUCAGUUCGGAGGGGAGUUAGGUGGCGCUCUGAAAUGGGAGAAAGUGAUUUCUCGCGACACCAGUGAUGCAACAACCUUGAAUGGGUCUACAGCAUGCGACGAUUUUGGCAAUGAGAUCGGAGUUAGCUGGAUCUUACAUGAGAACAGAUCAACGAAAACGGGAAUCCCGUCAUUCCUUCGAACCGCUAUACUUCUAAAGAGAGAAGAUAAUAACGAAUUCCAAUGUACCGCGGAAAUCCAUGUAGAGGCGGAUUGGAAAACUGAACUGGAGAAUUUAUUUGGCUCAAGAAGCAGCGAUGAUCCUAUCCUCUUCGAUCCUGAGAAGAAGCCGACGAACAACCUAAACAAAGAUGGAUAUCCUGUAGAGAAUCUUGCAUCGGUUGAUCUAAGAAAGUUAUCUGAUGUUGUAUUUCACCAUUUGCUGGACGACGUGGUCAAGAAGGGCUAGGAGGUGGUGUAUGAAAUAUCUACCUAGGUUAGGUGACUUAGGAGGGAUCUUGCAUGUAAAAUGAGGAAUUAACAUUGGAAAUAAAAACUCAUCGACUUAUUAGCCGAAUUAUAACAUCGUAACUAUUAUAGCUUCUUGUUUAUAAAAUCUUCUCGAAGCC